UCUCCCUGUAGAAUUUUGAGUAAAUGCCAGGCACUUUAGCUAAGGCCAGAAGUCCAUAAUUAGCUACCCAGAGGCAGACUGAGCUAAAUUCUGAACCCACUUGCUGCUGCUUCUUCCUGAUCAUUACUUAAGAAUGGAAGACUCUUAUGCCUCCUCUUUUAGACCGUUCCCAACCACACACACCCUGUGCUCACCUGCCAGAUCCCUGAGCACGUCGUGUGUUUGCGCAUGCGUGCGUGAGCCCGGGUGUCCCUGACACCACAUGGGGAGCUCCUAGCCGAGGGUACCUCGUCCAUAACCAUUGGGCGAGUAGACAAAUCCGCACUGGCCAAGGUCGCGCUACCCGACAGGAGGGUGUUUGGUCGGGGUGUCUCUGCUCCCCAGCCAUGGCCCGCAUCGUCGACCUGGUGCCCUGGGAGGACGGCUCCACCCACGUGUACGCGUCGCCAGCCAUCUUGCUGCCGGUGGCGCGGACGCGCAACCAGCUGGCGGGCGUGAAGCAGCAGCUCUACCACCCGGCCCUGCCCAGCCUGCGCCGCAUGGACAUGGACUCUGUCAGGGCCUGUCUUUCGGACGAGCACUGCCGGUCCACCACCUACUGCCGCAAAGAUGACUUUGACAACGCCUACUUCACACUUUUCGGUGUCCCCAAUAAACCCCUGCAGUGCUUGGACAUCACCGAAACCGGCCGGAGACUCCGAAACAGGUGCCAUGAGGGAAAGCUGGUACCCAUCGCGCCGGGCAUCAACCGGGUGGACUGGCCUUGUUUCACUCGCGCCAUUGAGGACUGGUCCCGCUUCGUGUCCUCGGCUGGCGAGUUCAAGUUGCCCUGCCUGAACAAGAGGGUGGAGAGUUUCAGUGGCUACGCGGUGCGGUACUUGAAGCCCGAGGUGACCCAGAACUGGCGGUACUGUCUCAACCAGAACCCCAGCCUGGACCGCUACGGACAGAAGCCCCUGCCUUUCGACACCCUGAAUGCUUACCGACGCUUAGGCUCAAUCUACAGCCGUGUCAACUACCUGACCCCCUGGCAUUAAUCUGUGAAAAGGAAGCCAGUCCUCAGGCUGCUGGGCUGUGCCAUCUCCGGUUCUCCAGCAGGACAGAGCGGGUAUGGUGGCACCACCCAUCUCCCUAAGAGUUCAGCCGGACUGGAAAUAAACCUAAUGCUCCCCCAGGAAGGAACCAGG